UUUGGUUUGGCGAGGUAACUUGCCGAAGUGUGCGGAUGCGUGAACCCAGCCGACUGUCGGCACUUUUACUCCCCGAACGCGGAACUCGGGGUUCCGAUCAGGGCGUGAACUUGCAGACUCACAAGCCCACCCAGUCAUCUUUAGAGAAAGAAGGCUUACAUUCACUAGCCAGUCCUCCUUGAGCCUUUAUUUGUCUUUUGCCUAUUUCCCAUCAUAUCGAAGCACGCUUCAGUCCACCAUGGAUCUCAAAGCGGACUCCGAGGAGCUGGACUACGCGAGACCGGCCCCCAUCGAGGUGUUCGCCAGCAGGUCCACGCUGCACGGCAUCUCGCACAUGUUCACCUACGAGCGCAUGUGCGUCAAGCGCAGCCUGUGGAUCCUCUUCUUCCUGGGCUCCGUGGGUGUGCUGGCUCUGGUGUGCGUGGACCGCGUGCACUUGUACUUCCAAUACCCGCACAUCACCAAGCUGGACGAGGUGGCCGCGCCGCUCAUGAAGUUCCCCUCGGUCACCUUCUGCAACCUGAACGCCUUCCGCUUCAGUCGGGUGACGCGCAACGACCUGUACCACGCCGGCGAGCUGCUGGCCUUGCUCAACGGCAGGUACGAGAUCCGGGACCCGCACCUGGUGGAGGAACACGUCUUGCAGGUCCUGAAGGAGAGGGCCGACUUCGACAACUACAAGCCCCGGCCCUUCAACAUGCGCGAGUUCUACGACCGGACGGGCCACGACAUCAAGGACAUGCUGCUGUCCUGCUACUACCGCGGCAUGGAGUGCAGCGCCGAAGACUUCAAAGUGAUCUUCACACGUUACGGAAAGUGCUACACCUUCAACUCGGGCCAGGACGGGCGGCCGUUGCUGUUGACCAUGAAGGGCGGCAUGGGCAAUGGUCUGGAGCUGAUGCUGGACAUCCAGCAGGACGAAUACUUGCCCGUGUGGGGAGAGACGGACGAGACGUCGUUCGAAGCCGGCAUCAAGGUUCAGAUCCACACGCAGGAGGAGCCGCCGUUUAUCGAUCAGCUGGGCUUCGGGGUGGCGCCGGGUUUCCAGACCUUUGUCUCCUGUCAGGAACAACGGCUGACCUACCUGCCGCCCCCCUGGGGCGACUGCAAGGCCACCCCGAUGGACUCGGACUUCUUCAGCACGUACAGCAUCACGGCCUGUCGCAUCGACUGCGAGACGCGCUACCUGGUGGAAAACUGCAACUGCAGGAUGGUCCACAUGCCCGGAGACGCACCCUACUGCACUCCUGAGCAAUACAAGGAGUGUGCGGAUCCAGCCUUGGACUUCCUCGUGGAGAGGGACAACGACUACUGCGUGUGCGAGACGCCGUGCAACUUGACACGCUACGGUAAAGAGAUGUCUUUCGUCAAGAUCCCCAGCAAGGCGUCGGCCAAGUACCUCGCCAAGAAGUUCAACAAGACGGAGCAGUACAUAGCAGAUAACCUUCUGGUCCUGGAUAUCUUCUUUGAAGCGCUGAACUAUGAGACCAUCGAACAAAAGAAGGCGUACGAGCUGGCGGGCCUCCUGGGCGACAUCGGAGGUCAGAUGGGCCUCUUUAUCGGGGCCAGCAUCCUCACCAUCCUCGAACUCUUCGACUAUCUCUACGAGGUGAUCAAGUACAAGCUGUGCCGAUGCGUCAAGAAGAAACACAAAGGCCGCAACAACAAUGACCGGGGCACUGCGCUGAGUCUGGACGAUGUCAAGCAUCAUGUCAGUAGACAAGAGGCUCCGUGCGACAACCUGCGCGCGCCGUCCACGUACCCGGGCAACAUGCUACCUCAUCACCCGGCCCAGGGAAACUUCGAGGACUUCACCUGCUGAGCUGAACCGAGCUUGAGGGAGUGCGUGCGUACGUUAUUGCAACCAAAGUCCAAACGAUACAGCGAGACUAUCCGGGCGAGGAGCCGAUGCCAUGGCCGAACAGGCGCACUUUUGUACAAUUUGGAUAGAAGAAAAUGGGAGGAAAACUGUCGCCCCAGGCCUUGCGAAGAGAAGAGUGCACCCCAACACAUCCAUUUCACGCAGGACCCACUAUUUAUCUAUCCUUCUGGAGCACUGCCGCAACGGAGAUGCCGACUCGGACCGCUCGCUCUCAUACGCACCCUUGAGAAAAAAGGGAAACUGUACAGUCACCCAAAAAAAAAAGAGAGAGAGAGAGUCCCCCACCUUCAUACAGCAGAGGGACAAACAUCCGCCCUUGUCAGCACAUGUAGCCACAUCAUGGCGUGGGUUGACAAAGCGACGGGAAGUUCAGGUCUCACUGCGUAAAUGCAUGCUCGUAUUCGUUCAUUUGCAUGGUUUAUUGUUUGCUAUCUAGUUUUUGUUGUUUUUGUUUUUUUUGUUUUGUUAGAUAUACGCUAUGCAGUGGGUAAGGAAAGUAUUCAGACCCCCUUAAAUUUGUCACUCUUUGUUAUAUUGCAGCCAUUUGCUAAAAUCAUUUAAGUUCAUUUUUGUCUAUAUUAAUGUACACGCAGCACUCCAUAUUGACAGACAAAAAAACGGAAUUGUUGAAAUUUUUGCAGAUUUAUUAAAAAAGAAAAACUCAAAUAUCACACAGCCAUAAGUAUUCAGACCCUUUGCUCAGUAUUUAGUCGAAGCACCCUUUUGACAGCCAUGAGUCUUUUUGGGAAUGAUGCAAUGAGUUUUUCACACCUGGAUUUGAGGAUCAUCUGCCAUUCCUCCUUGCAGAUCCUCUCCAGUUCUGUCAGCUCGGAUGGUGUAUGUUGGUGGGCAGCCAUUUUCAGGUCUUUCCAGAGAUGCUCAAUUGGGUUUAAGUCAGGGCUCUGGCUGGGCCAUUCAAAAACACUCACGGAGUUGUUCUGAAGCCACUCCUUCGGUAUUUUUGCUGUGUGCUUAGAGUCAUUGUCUUUUUUGAAGGUGAACCUUCGGCCCAGUCUGAGGUCCUGAGCACUCUGGAGAAGGUUUUCGUCCAGGACAACCCUGUACUUGGCCGCAUUCAUCUUUUCUUUGAUUUCAACCAGUCUCCCCGUCCCUGAAGCUGAAAAACACCCCCACAGUAUGAUGCUGCCACCACCAUGCUUCACUGUUGGGACUGUAUUGAGCAGUGCCUGGUUUUCUCCACACAUGCCACUUAGAAUUAAGGCCAUCAAUUUCUAUCUUGGUCUCAUCAGACCAGAGAAUCUUAUUUCUCACCAUCUUGGAGUCCUUCAGGUGUUUUUUUAUCAAACUCCACGCAGGCUUUCGUGUGUCUCGCACUGAGGAGAGGCUUCCGUCCGGCCACUCUGCCAUAAAGCCAUAAAGCCUUUCUUUUUUAAUACAUCAGCAAAAAUUUCAACAAUUCAGUUUUUUUUUUCUGUCAAUACAGGGUGCUGGGUGUACAUUAAUGAGGAAAGAAAAUGAACUUAAGUGAUUUUAACAAAUGGCUGCAAUAUAACAAAGAGUGACAAUUUUAAGGGGGUCUGAAAACUUUCCGUAGUCACUGUAUAAACACACAUCUAUAUGAAUAUACUAUUCAAAAAGUACCAAGUUUGCCUCGUUCAGCAGGAGGAAGAUGACGCUUCUCAUGUAGUGUGUGUGUGUGUGCGCGCAUCUGUGUGCACGCAAAGUGUGCAAAAGAUGCCUCUUUCGCAGCGACUCUUCUCAGCACCUUUGCUCACAUUAAAAUAGGACAUAUGUGGUGCCUUGAGAUAAAAUUUUAAUUUGUUCCACGACUGCGCUCGUAACUUAAAACAUAUCUCAAAUCGUCUUUCCCCAUUGAAAUGAAUGGAAAUGCCAUUAAUCUGUUCCAUUCUCCCCACAAAACCUGAACAUUUUUUUGUGUGUUUUCUAACAAGGAAAGUAGCACUCGAUAACAGUGCUUGUUGAAGUGUUUAAUGAUUGCCACUAGUGGUACACGGGCUCCCUGUAGUGGUACGCAAAGAAUCCCGGAAUUAAAUGUUCAAACUCUGCAUCAUCAACAUGGCCAAAAUAGUUGAGGUCAAAUUAGGUUAGGUUUUUUCCCUUUUUUACUAAAAAUGUUCAGCCCAUUGCCCUUUUAAACUUCCAGGGUUCCAUGUCACAGCAAGAACAGUAUUGCUUCUGAAUGUUACACAACCUAAGCUAGCCGGCGUUGGCGUGAGGAGAAAGUCGAAAUCAGGACUUUCCUUCUUGUUGCAGAGCUUUCAGGAAUCGAUUCUUCCCGUCAGCCCCAACCCGAUUCAUUUUGAAUGUUGCCAGAUGUUAUAUUGGUUGUUGUAUGGAUGGUCGCUUGGCGUGGACGACAUACUUUGGCGUGACCGUUUUCUACUGUUUUUAGUCAUCUGUUCAUCUUCAGUGGAUUACAAAAGUCUACACCCCCCUGUUCAAAUGCCAGGUUUUGGGAUAUAAAAAUGGGAACAAGAUCAAUCAUUUUAAGACGUUCUACCAUUAUUGUGACCUAUAAUCUGUAUAACACCAUUAGUGGAAAAAAAAAUAUUUUUGAAGGAUGAAGCAAAAAUAAACAGAAAUAAAAUAGUUGUCCAAAUGUUUGAACCUUGGUUUCAUUGGACCAUAUCAAAAUCUCCCAAACAACAGCCACAUCCCACUUAUUAGGCUGUGGACACUUGUGCAACCACAUUAUCUCAUAAGUUUAUUUUCCCUUUCAAAAAGAUGGGGUGGGGGGGGGGGGGGGGUCAGUUGAGUUGUACAGGUUAAAGGUCACAAUAUUAGAAAGUUUUGAAAUGAUCUUGGUUCAUUUUUUUAUGUCACAAAAACCAGUCAUUUGAGCAGGUGUGUGUAUACUUUUUUUCAUUUUAAAUCCACUACACUAUUUAUUUUGUUGCUUUUCUGUUCAUUUGUACACAUCCCUUCAUCCCAUCCAUCCUUGCCUGGGGCGCUGGGCCAGAGGUCGAAUGUUGGGGAGUGGACUCCAUUUGUGUUGUGGGGCUGUUGAACUGUUUCCGUAUCUGUGUUCUUGUUGCAGACGUCUUCUCAAAGCACAAUACCGCCACUAUGUAUGGAGAGCUAAUGUAAAAGAAAAUGUACUCUUCUUCUUCUUCUUCUUCUGGAUAUACUGUCUUAUGAUUACUAUUGUGCCGAUCUGACUGUUUCCUUUUGCUUUUCAUAUGAAACAUGCUCACUUAUUGCCUGAUAAUCCUGUCUCCAUCUCCAAGGCAAUGGGCUGUUUUAUUGAGUUAGCCCCGCAUAAAUAAAGUGUAAAUAUCAUUUUGGAAAAUUGCUAUUCUGAGAUUGUAUUUUUAAUCUGUGAACAUUGGAGUCUCUGAAGAGCUUGUUUGUCAGCGGGCUCGGUUGGAUGAAUAUGAAUUUCGACUGCUUAGGCGGGGUACACGCGACGGCAGUCGGGCCAAAUUUGAGCAUUUCUUCCCUCUUGCAAGGGAAGUCGGCAAAGACCCGAUUAUCGAAUAUCUCUAAAAGAAAAUAAUGAGUCAUUAUCCUCUGGUGUGGAAUGUAUUAAGAGUGAUUUUCCUACUCAGAAACGAAAUGUUAAGCCUGUUCAAUAUUUACGUCAGUGUGUUGUAUAUCCAAAUAUGGUCAAUUUCAUGUUGUUGUUUUUUUUUUACAAAUCGAUACUAUUGGUCCGUCCCUUCGUCGUCUCUUAUUUUCACACGUUAUAAAUCAAUUUAAAGUGUUGAAAGUAGCUUGAGAACAUUAACUCUCUGUAACGUCUCUAAAAAGUGUUGGAAAACUG